AUGGAGCGCCUCCGCAACGCCUCCCUUAAUUCGAAGUCGCAAAGGCACUGGGAGGGAGAAGAACUUAUGGUUGAGAAGAUGAAGAACGACCGACGCGGGCCACAAAACCUGAGAGAACAAAUGGUAGCUGCUGCUCCUGGUCCUCGCAGUGCCGCAACGGUACCAGUGGAAUUGGCAACCAAGUCAGAACCGAUGGGCAAGCUCAGCCGAGAAAUCCUACUCGACAUAUUCUCGUUGAACGCGAACAUGGAAGGGGAUUCCUUACAGGAGGCAGAACGAAUAUUCGAUUGGAAGUACCGCGGUUUGACCACGAUACUCAGCACGUCGCAGGUCUGUCGUCUCUGGCGCGAUUUGGUUCUAUCAUCUACAUCGUUUUGGGGGAGAGUCAUCGAUCUUUCCUAUCUCUGCCACGCGAAGCCCGAAGGAAGAGAAGAGAUAUUACGUCGAACAGGGAGUGCACCGCUAUGGCUGAAAGGGGAAUACGUGGUGAAAGACGACACAACCGCAAACUUCUUGAUCUCUCUCCUCACCUCCGAAUGGGAAAGGAUCGUCAAUAUCCAUUGUGCCCUCGAUUGGGGAAGUAGAUACAAAAUCUGGGACACUCUGAAACGUCCUUCAGCUGUCCUUCGAGGCUUCCGCCUGCACCCCAGAUCGUCGCCUUACCUCGCUCCGUCACUUCGAUAUAUUCUGCGAACGCGGGCGGGCGCCCAACCUAGCCUAUUGGCUCAACCAACUGCGUCUGAUGGAACAUCUCGAGGUGUUGACGUUCAAGGGCCAUUUCAGGAGCCAGUCCGACUCGGUCAGCGAUGCCAGGACCUUUCCUACGGUUCACCUCCCCCGGCUGACCGCACUUAA